AUGGCUGAAGCCCAUCUGUGUGGAUUACAGGACGAGUUCACCUGCUUGGUGUGUCUGCACACCCUGACUGACCCCGUUGCCAUCCCCUGUGGACAUAAUUUCUGUCUGAAGUGCCUCACAGACUGCUGGUAUCAGAGCCAAGAGCUCUUCUGUCCAGGGUGCAGAGAAACAAUCAGCACAAGGCCUGCUCUGCAAGGAAUCAGUCUGCUGAAUGAAGUCAUCAAUAAAUUAAAGAAGACGGCACUCAAUUCUCUUCCGUCUCAGAGUUAUGCUGGCCCUGGAGACAUGGAGUGUGACGCCUGUACUGGAAAGAAGUUCAGAGCGGAGAAGUCCUGUCUAACCUGCAUGGCCUACUACUGUCAGACUCACCUGCAGCCUCACUAUGAAGGAGACACCCUGAAGCUCCACAAGCUGACUGAUCCUGAUAGAAAUAUGAAGGAGAAACUCUCACAGAGAAACUUUCACUUGCGUGUCUUCACAAGUCACUUCCUUGUUUGUCUGACUGAUUCUCUCUGCCUGCCUCUCCUCAGACUGAUGAUGGCUGAAGCCCAUCUGUGUGGAUUACAGGACGAGUUCACCUGCUUGGUGUGUCUGCACACCCUGACUGACCCCGUUGCCAUCCCCUGUGGACAUAAUUUCUGUCUGAAGUGCCUCACAGACUGCUGGUAUCAGAGCCAAGAGCUCUUCUGUCCAGGGUGCAGAGAAACAAUCAGCACAAGGCCUGCUCUGCAAGGAAUCAGUCUGCUGAAUGAAGUCAUCAAUAAAUUAAAGAAGACGGCACUCAAUUCUCUUCCGUCUCAGAGUUAUGCUGGCCCUGGAGACAUGGAGUGUGACGCCUGUACUGGAAAGAAGUUCAGAGCGGAGAAGUCCUGUCUAACCUGCAUGGCCUACUACUGUCAGACUCACCUGCAGCCUCACUAUGAAGGAGACACCCUGAAGCUCCACAAGCUGACUGAUCCUGAUAGAAAUAUGAAGGAGAAACUCUGUGAGAAACAUCAGAAAAGUCUGGAAAUAUUUUGCAAAACUGAUGAUUCCUGUAUCUGCAUGAUGUGUGUGGUGACUGGACAUAAUGGGCAUAAAAUGGUCGAGCUGGAGACGGAGAGGGAAGAAAAACAGAAACAGCUGGGGGCAACACUGAGUGACAUCAAGAGGACACUUGAGGACAGAGAG